AUGCGCUUGGGUUUGAUCCCGCGAGCCGAGCUGGAAGACUUGGGAGUCGAGACGGCAGAGCUAGAGGCCUUGGGGGUUGAGCUAGAAGCCUUGGAGGCCGAGCUGGACGAGGCGGCAGGCGAGCUGGGCGUCAUCAUGGACGAAGAUGAGCUUGGAGAAGACAUGGCCUUGCUGCUGGUAGUAGACGAAGCCGCGCUCGAGCUGUGCGUAGAUUUCCUCAUCAUCGACGAAGACGAAGCCAUGCUCGAGCUGGGUGUCGACUUGCUCGCCAUAGAGGACGAUGCGGAAAACGAGGACGACGAGACAGAGCUCGAAGACGCAACGGAGCUCGACUUUCCAGGCGUCGGCGUCACAAUAUACAUCAUAUUGAUAUCCAAGUCGCCCGUCUGGGCCACGGCCACGCCCGCAAGCGCAGUAACAAGCAAGCCGACUUGA